GCGUGUGGGCGUCGAUCUCAGCGCGCACCGGCGCCCCACCCUCGCGCCGCGACGCCCUUCUGCCCGGCGCUGAUAAGGACGCGGCUGGGGCUCCGCGCGGCCCGCGGGCCGCCCACUCGCGUUCAGUUUGCUGACCCCAGCGCGGCUCCCCGGGGAUUUGCGGCCCAGCCGGUGGCGGCUGAGCCGGUGGCUUGUUGGUUUGGAAGAGGACAGUUGCCCUUUAUUCUGGCGGCAGAUAGCAGGUGAAAAAGUGCUACACAAGUUUGAUGUUUGUGUCUUCUUCUCCAAGGCCAAGAAAUUAUCUCCAUAGGAGGCAACAAUACUAUGCAUGUUAUGAAUUGUGUCUCCUUGGUCAGUGAUAAAGAAAAUGGGAAUAUUGCCACAGCACCUGGAUUCAUGAUUGGGCAGACACCUCCUCCAGCACCUCCUCCACCUCCUCCUCCACCCCCUCCAUCUCCACCAUGUUCAUGUUCAAGGGAAGAGUGUCCUUCCUCCCCUCCUCCACCCCCACCACCUCCACUUCCUGGGGAGCCUCCCAUCCCACCUCCCCCACCAGGCCUACCCCCAACUACUCACAUGAACGGCUACAGCCACCUUGGUAAGAAAAAGCGGAUGAGAAGCUUUUUUUGGAAAACUAUUCCGGAGGAGCAAGUUCGAGGCAAAACCAACAUCUGGACCUUGGCAGCCAGGCAGGAACAUCACUACCAAAUUGAUACAAAGACCAUUGAGGAACUCUUUGGGCAGCAGGAAGACACCACCAAGUCUUCCCUUCCUAGGAGAGGAAGAACUUUAAAUUCUUCCUUCAGAGAAGCUCGAGAAGAGAUUACUAUUUUGGACGCAAAACGGAGCAUGAACAUUGGGAUAUUUCUUAAGCAAUUUAAGAAGUCUCCUCGGUCCAUUGUAGAAGAUAUUCAUCAAGGAAAAAGUGAGCAUUAUGGAUCAGAGACCUUGCGAGAAUUUCUUAAGUUUUUGCCAGAGUCAGAAGAGGUAAAGAAGUUAAAAGCGUUUAGUGGCGACGUGUCGAAGCUGUCUCUGGCAGAUUCCUUUCUGUAUGGCUUAAUUCAGGUGCCAAACUAUUCACUUCGGAUUGAAGCCAUGGUGCUAAAGAAGGAAUUUCUACCUUCUUGCUCUUCUCUAUAUACAGAUAUAACAGUUUUAAGAACUGCUAUAAAAGAACUGAUGUCAUGUGAAGAGCUGCAUUCAAUAUUACACUUGGUGCUCCAGGCUGGGAAUAUCAUGAAUGCAGGAGGGUAUGCCGGCAAUGCAGUAGGAUUUAAACUGUCUUCUUUGCUCAAAUUGGCAGACACAAAAGCAAACAAACCUGGGAUGAAUCUCCUGCACUUUGUCGCACAGGAAGCCCAAAAGAAAGAUACCAUUCUUCUAAACUUUUCAGAAAAAUUGCAUCAUGUUCAGAAGACUGCUAGAUUAUCUCUGGAGAACACGGAGGCAGAACUGCAUUUGCUGUUUGUCAGGACAAAAUCACUAAAAGAAAACAUCCAGCGGGAUGGUGAACUUUGUCAGCAGAUGGAAGAUUUUCUUCAGUUUGCCAUAGAAAAGCUGAGGGAACUGGAAUGCUGGAAACAAGAGCUCCAGGAUGAGGCCUACACCCUUAUAGAUUUUUUCUGUGAAGACAAAAAAACCAUGAAACUGGAUGAAUGCUUUCAGAUAUUUAGAGAUUUCUGUACCAAAUUCAACAAAGCAGUUAAGGACAACCACGACCGGGAGGCGCAGGAGCUGAGGCAGCUGCAGAGGCUGAAGGAGCGGGAGCAGAAGCAGCGCUCCUGGGCAACUGGGGAGCUGGGGGCAUUUGGCCGGAGCAGCAGUGAGAAUGAUGUGGAGCUGCUGACCAAGAAGGGUGCAGAGGGCCUGCUCCCUUUCCUGCACCCCAGGCCCAUCAGCCCCUCCAGCCCCUCCUACCGGCCCCCGAACACCCGCCGCUCCCGCCUCUCCCUGGGUCCCUCUGCUGACCGGGAGCUGCUGACCUUCUUGGAGAGCUCCACCGGCAGCCCUGAGGAGCCCAAUAAGUUCCACAGCCUGCCCCGGAGCAGCCCCCGGCAGGCCCGGCCCACGAUAGCCUGCCUGGAGCCUGCAGAAGUGAGGCACCAGGACUCCAGCUUUGCACACAAACCUCAGACCUCGGGGGGCCAGGAGGAGGCCCCCAACCCACCCUCAGCACAGGCGCACCAGCUUGCAGCCGCCCAGCCUGAGGACCCUGCCUCUGCCUUCCCCAGAGCUCGGCGCCAGGGCGUCAGUGUCCUCCGAAAGAGGUACAGUGAGCCGGUGAGCCUGGGCUCAGCACAGUCCCCUCCUCUCUCGCCAUUGGCUCUGGGAAUUAAGGAGCAUGAGCUGGUGACAGGGCUGGCCCAGUUCAACCUCCAGGGUUCCCAGGGCAUGGAGGAGACCUCCCAGCUGACUCUGAGUGACUUCAGCCCGAUGGAGCUAGAGUCUGUGGGGCAUAGGGGCCUGCAGUCCCUCAGUGCCAGCACCAGCAGCCUGACACCCAUGGGCAGAGAUGCCCUGGGGAGUCUCAGCCCAGCGCUGGAGGAUGGCAAGGCUGCCCCCGAUGAGCCUGGAAGUGCAGCUUUGGGAUCUGUGGGUAGCAGCGACCCUGAGAACAAAGAUCCUAGACCUCUGUUCUGCAUCUCGGACACCACCGACUGCUCACUGACCCUGGACUGCUCAGAGGGAACCGACUCCAGACCCAGAGGCGGGGACCCGGAGGAAGGCGGGGAAGGGGAUGGCUCCAUGUCCUCUGGGGUUGAAGAAAUGGGGGACAGCCAAGUCUCCUCCAACCCUACAUCCAGCCCCCCUGGGGAGGCUCCUGCCCCCGUCUCUGUGGAUAAUGAGCCCAGCUGCAAGGGCGGCCUGCCCAGGGACAAACCCACCAAAAGGAAAGACGUUGUAGCACCAAAGAGAGGCUCCCUGAAAGAGGCGUCUCCCGGGGCCUCCAAGCCCGGGAGCGCCCGGCGGAGCCAGGGGGCAGUGGCCAAGUCUGUGCGGACCCUGACCACCUCAGAGAACGAGAGCAUGCGCAAGGUCAUGCCCAUCACCAAGUCUAGCAGAGGCGCCGGCUGGAGGCGACCAGAGCUGUCAUCCCGGGGGCCCUCCCAGAAUCCCCCCAGCAGCACAGAUACUGUGUGGUCACGCCAGAACUCCGUGCGGAGGGCCUCAGACACGUCGCCCGGGAGGCCCUCCACAGGCGCCGAAGAGCAGAGGCUGCCGCGGGGGAGCAGCGGCUCCAGCAGCACCCGUCCGGGGAGGGACGUUCCCCUGCAGCCCAGGGGUUCUUUCAAGAAGCCCAGUGCCAAACCACUCAGGAACCUCCCCAGACAGAAGCCUGAGGAAAAUAAGACCUGCCGCGCCCACUCCGAGGGCCCUGAGAGUCCCAAAGAAGAGCCCAAGACCCCGUCAGUGCCCAGCGUCCCCCAUGAACUACCCCGUGUCCCGAGCUUUGCCCGGAACACAGUGGCCUCCUCCUCUCGAAGCAUGAGAACAGAUCUUCCUCCCGUGGCCAAAGCCCCCGGCAUCACUCGGACAGUGUCGCAGCGGCAGCUGAGGGUGAAAGGGGACCCCGAGGAUGCCGCUCCCAAGGACAGCAGCACUUUGAGGCGAGCCAGCAGUGCCCGGGCCCCCAAGAAGCGCCCAGAGUCUGCGGAGGGUCCCAGUGCCAACACGGAGGCCCCUCUGAAGGCCAGAGGGGCUGGGGAAAGGGCCUCCCUCCGUCGGAAGGACUCCAGUCGGACCACGCUGGGGAGAAUCCUCAAUCCCUUACGGAAGUGAUGGGUGCCUGUCCUCUCCUGCCUCCUGGGAUUCAGACUGGGAUUCAGACGGUGAAGACUGACUUCUGGGACGAGGAUGGGGAAAGAGGCAGCAUGUCUUUGUUACAGAUAAAGCAGCCACUGGUGCCACUGCUAGUGACGCUGUUGGGAUGGCACAGUCCAGGAGGCCUGUGGACUGCAGCCUGCUGUGCUGAGCCCUGCUGCAGUCCAGCGUCCAGAUGGACGCACGUUCACUACUGUGACGGCCGCACCUCCCCCAUGCACCCCACCCUCCCCCAAAGCCCGGAUCCCGAGAAAGACUUAGUAGGAGUGUAAGGUGACAUUCUUAUGAAACAAGUCAAAAAAGUUUUUUUCAGGCCAGUUUUUAUAUAUCAAAGACUUUCUUUUUAAUAUAAAAAUUAGCUAGGUGCAGUGGUUCAUGCCUGUAAUCCAGCACUUUGGGAGGCUAAGAUGAGUGGAUUGCUUGAGCCUAGGAGUUCGAGACCAGCCUAGGCAACAUGGAGAAACCCCGUCUCUAUCAGAAAUACAAAAUUUAGCCGAGUGUGGUGGCACAUGCCUGUGGCCCCAGCCACUCUGAACGCUGAGAUGGGAAGGUCACUUGAGCCCAGGACCCCACCACUGCACUCCAGCCUGGAUGACAGAGUGAGACCUUGUCUCAAACAAAACAAAACAAAAAUGAAAUGUUCUAGUUUUGGUUCCUUUUGCAGAGUGAAAUGCCUCCCAGGAAAAAAAUACAUAUGUAUUUUUUUGCGACAGGGUCGUGCUCUGUCUCCCAGACUGGACUGCAGUGGCACAAUCAUAGCUCACUGCAGCUUUGACCUCCCAGACCCAAGUGAUCCUCCCACCUCAGCCUCCCUCGGAGCUGGGACUACAGGCAUGCACCACCACGCCUGGUUAAUUGUUUUUUUUAAUUUAUCUUUUGUAGAGAUGGGAUCUCACUAUGUUGCUCAGGCUGAUCUCGAACCCUGGGCUCAAGUGAUCCUCCCACCUCAGCCUCCCAAAGUGCUGGGAUUACAGGUGUGAGCCACCACACUUGGCCAGUAUAUCCUCAGUAUGAAGAUAUUUUUAUCUUCCUGUGUUCCCUGGCUUCAGAGUUUCACCUGCCCACACAGGGUCCGUUGCUGGCAACUGGACUUCCCCAUAAGCCUUGGGUAUCCUGUGAUGGGCUGUGUCUCCCUGAAGAUUGUCUGGCUUGCCCACUUCUCCGUGCAUGACUCUGGGUGUGAGUCUGUCUAGGAACAGGAGGGAAAGUUGGACUCAGACAGAAAUCAGAUGCUUCCAUGUAUUCAGGGCGCGCAUUGUGAGCAGUGGAGUAUGAGCCUUGGGGGCCUCAUGGUUGCAGGGCAGGCUUCCCUGCAGAUGGGUGGCAGCCCCUGGUAGAAUGCUGGAUUUCUCUGGAAUCUAGAAGUGCCAUAUUUUAGUGGAAAGGCAUCAGGGCUGUUUGACAGUGUGCGUCUUUCCAAUCCCAUGUUCCUCCAUUCGUGUGUCUGUUAUAAAACUGAGUGAAGGCUGCUAUGACCUGUGUUCACUCUGGUUACAGGGAGGUGCAAACCAUUCUGUCUCCCAGCCUUUCUUCUCUCUUUGUGUGCUCCCAGCACUUCCUUCUUUUCUAACAUGGCCUGGAGAGAGUCUCUCUCUCCUUGUCUCUGUCUCUUAAUAAUAGUUUUUAACGUGGACAUCUCUUCCUUGGUACAGUGGUUUUUAAAUCCUGAGAAGAACCAAGUCAGCUGUUUUAAAACAGACUAAAAGCAUGAAAUUGCUUUCAGAAGAAUGUAUAUCAUCGGGAAAAGUUUGGGGGCAGAAUGGGGGAAUCAGGCUUUAUUCAAAAGAAACAGUUGAAAACAUGAACUUUUUCUACCCAAUGCCCAUUUCAUGACUCCUCUGAGACUAAUUGGGAAAUGGGGAAAUUCUUGGAACUUUUUUUUAAAGAAACUUUUUUGUGUGUUUUUUUAUUUUAGGUCACUUAUUAGUGAAACCUCAUUUUAGAUCUGACAUUGGUAGAUAGAUGGAUUUAGGCAAAUAUGAUGCGUUUGUGGGGAAUCCGCGUGGUUGACGUUAGAGCCUCCCUUCUGCAGACUGUUGCCUGUCAUCUAAGCGAAUUGGAAAUGCUGAGCUUCCAUAAGUCAGCUGAGUUUUAAAGGUAAACGUUAUGGCUGAAGUAGUAAAGCACCUGACCACAAAACCUCUUGUAAAAACGGCCCUGAGUAGGUAUUUCCAGGGCUCCACAAAGUUGCUUAUGGGAAUCCUGAGCUGCUUUUCACCAUCUCAAGAAGCCUAAGAAGUUAUAUAUUUAAUCAGGUAGACAAAACAGUUCAAAGCAUAAGGUCCAUGGUGGUGGAAAAUGGAUGCAAGUGAUUCUAAGUUUGUGGAUUUGUGGAUAGCAGAGGGGUCGGGACCUCUUGGAGGAACCCUGGGUACCAAGCUCCCAGGCCCUCCCUCUAUCAUGGAUGCUGGGUGACUUUGGGAAGUCACCACCUCUUCCCAAGCCUGUUUCCCAUAUCACAGAUGUGGGGCCAUGGCCUCGAUGAUGGUCUCCACAGGUCCUUCCACCUCUGUGAGUCCAAGUCAGGUCAAUCAGCAAGGACCCAUCUCUGCCCUGGGUCAGCUCCUCAGAACCAACCCCCAGCAUCUCUAAAGCAAAAGCCUCACCUCAAGCGCUGCUCAGAAGAGAGCACCUUCAGCAUGAGUUGUUGCUGGAAGGUCUAAUAAGCUGUGUUUCCUGGGAAGUGGUGCUUUACUUAGCCCUGUGGACAACUUCUGUGUGCAUCUGUGUGAGCAGAUGAUCAUUGUAUUACCUUUUAUCGGUAGUAAGCUUGGAAAAAUAAUUUAAGAAUACAGUGGAGAAAUGUAAAUAAGUAUCUAUGUAAAUUUGUUUAAAAUAAACAAUGUAUUUAAUGGUCCAUUUAUAUGUUCUUUUAUGUAACAUGUAGUUUAAUAAAGUUCCUGUUUAUGAGA